CUCCUCUUCCCCAUCAUUCCCUGCGAUUUGUUGACAUGCUCCAUGGCGGGUGUGUUGUUUAACUGGACUCGCUUUUGGCAAUCGGGAGCAAUCGCCAAUCAGCUGGCGGUUGCCCCGUGCCGAUGAUGCCGAGCAAUUGCCAGAGAAUCAUCAGCCGCAGCAAUGAACGCGAAAGAAACGGUAACAGUCAGCGGCAGCACCAGCAAAAUGUUGGAUGUUGAGAGCGACAACAAGCAUGCUGAAGACACGGAAUCGGGACUGGGUCACGGCGCAGGUCCACGCAUACUUCGCAGACAGCUUCCACGCAAGAAUCCUGUCGAGUGUCCUCUGUGCGGUCUUUCGUUACGACCCAGUGAGUUACAGCAACACUACGAGCUUGAAUUGGAACGACUGGCUAAAAUAACCAAAAGCAGAGAACGGAGGAGCACAGCUAGUCCUAGGAACAACAGCAGAGAUUCUUUACGCAGAAUUAGAGCCAAUAGAAGCGCUCGCAGGAGACGGCUACGCGAUUCCGUCAACGGACGUGAAGGAGAAGAAUCGACGCAGUGCCCCGUCUGCCAGGACACCAUUGUAGGCUCUCCCGAGAUCUUGGCUGACCAUGUUGAUGCAUGCCUGCGCAACAGUGAAGAGAGCGGAGAUAACGGUACUUUCGAAGAGUACGAGUGGGCAGGACAGACCCGUAUCCGAGCAACGUCCAUGCUCGAAGGGGGCUUUCAAGCUGCUGGACUCAUUACACGAACUCAAGAGGAUGAAGACGUCGACGUUGAGUUGGACGUCGAUGGUGACGAUAGCGAGACCUACGGAGGACCACAGUAUUCCGAAGCAGACGUAGUGCCUCUACCACCCGAGCCACCAGAUCAGAGCCGACAACAAAUGUUAUCUGCUCCGGAAGCGGAUGACAGUAGCGUCACUGAACCAACGGGAGAGAGUUCAGGUGAUGUGAGCCAACGAAUAGCUGCUGAAGCACCCCUAGUACAGGACGCCCUCCGUGACCGUAUGCGGCAGCUAGAAAAUCCGCACGUGCGAUGUCUCGUAUGUCUGGAACCGUACAGAGAGCCUGCAGUUUCCGUCUGUUGCUGGCAUGUCUACUGUAAAGACUGCUGGCUUCACACUUUGGGAGCCAAGAAGUUGUGUCCACAGUGCAACAGCAUCACUUCUCCCGCAGACUUGCGCCGAAUAUACCUGUGACAAAGACACGUGCUUCGCAAGUGUACUUUUUAAGUGACUCUCUCGCGGAGAACGUUCAGAGCACCGUCGACGUGCCCGUGAUGAACAAGCUGCCACCCAUCGUCUAAAGCGAUCACCUUCACUGAGAACUCGUCUGUAUAUUUUCCUUUGAAGAAGUCCGUUCAGGAACUCUGCCAGUGACAUGUGACCUUCGAGUGACUCAUAAUAAAUAUUGUACAUAUUA